GUUCCUCCAGUCACUCCGUUCUUCAGCUUGGGGCCUGACGUCCAGCUGACACUCUGCCCGCAUUCCUGUCGGGGAUUUUACAGGGUCAUCGGACAGCUGGAAUAUGAGAUGGGGCUCCUCUUUCCCUCUGGGUAGAGGGCCAGGAGGCUGAGGGUAACAUGCUGGCAGCAAAAGUCCCAACGGUCAGCCCUCAGGAUGACUUCUCUGCAGAGAGCUAGCCUGCCACAAGGGCACCGCAAGGAAGGUGUGAGAUCCUGUCUUCUCCCGUAGGUGUGGAGCAAGAAAAUGAAACCCGUCAUUCAAAGGAGACGCUCAACAUCAGCUGCCCUCAGCAAAGCCCUUGGCAAAUCUAAAUACCGUUCCAGCAGGGAAAUUAUUUUGUCAUCCUCACACGGAGAUAAUGGAUUACCAGGUGGAGCUUUCAGCAACCCAAAUUCCAUCUUCAUCUUGGACGAGCGAGUCCAGCUUUCUCUGGGGUUGCAAACCCAAGAGAGGCAUUUGUUCCUCUUCAGCAACAUGCUAAUUGUUGCAAAAUCCAAGUCCUCUUCAAGCUUGAAACUGAAGAAAAAAAUCCAUCUGAGUGAAGUAUGGACCGGAUCCUGCCUUAGUGAAGUGUCAGAGAAGAAAAUGAGCCCAGACACAUCUUUUGUGAUUGGCUGGCCAACUGUAAAUUAUGUCGUCACUUUCAGCUCUUCGGAAGUGAAGGAAAGAUGGCUGUCCAUUCUGCUUUGGCACAUCUAUGAAAUGAAGCAGACGGAGUAUGCCAAAAGUUUGCCCAUGCAGAUUUUGGUGAUGGACAGGGAGAAGAGGUCUUCUAACACGGCAUUAAGUAUCUCCAACAUGGAAACUGCUGACGAUAUUAUCAAAAAGGCCACAGAACAGUUGGGUGUUCCUGGCAGACCAAGCGACUAUCACCUCUGGGUAAUCUCAGGAAGGGACAAUCCUGCAUACCCUCUGAUUGGACAUGAGCAUCCCUUCAGCAUUAUCCUGGGUUGCCUCCGAGGCUCCGUUGACCAGAUGAGAGGCCCCAGCAAUGACCUGCUGCUUCCUGUGGAGUAUGAAACAUCACUGCUGGACCAGCUGCCCAGGGACCGGAGGUGCCAGUUCAUCCUGAAGCCCAAACCCCAGGUUCCGGUGCAGUUGCGAAGAGCCCCUUUGCAGAAACAUUCCAAGCGCAAGAAAUCGCUGAUCGAUUGGGCUCUUCGGAGAAGUGUCAGCACCCCGACCGGUAGCCCUGCUUCUCAGUCCCCAACCAACCCCCGAAAACUCUUUGGCUUGUCCUUAACAUCGGUCUGUCCAGAUGGAACUCUUCCCAAGCCCAUCAUGGACAUUUUGUAUCUGCUCUACCACGAAGGUCCUUCCACCCGGGGCAUCUUCAGGCGCUCUGCCAAUGCCAAAAAUUGCAAGGAGCUGAAAGAGAAGCUCAACUCGGGUGAUGAUGUUCAAGUGGACGGCGAAUCUGUCUUCGUGGCGGCUGCGAUCAUUACGGACUUUCUACGAAAUAUACCUGACAGUGUUCUGUCCUCAGACAUGCACAAUCUAUGGAUGGAAGCCAUGGAUAAGGAAUGCCGAGCUCCCAAGAUUGAAGCCAUCCAGAGCUUGGUGAAGCAGCUUCCGGAGGCCAACCUCGUUUUGCUCAAGCACCUCUUUGGAGUCUUGCACCGUAUUGAGCAGAAUGCGAUGGAGAAUCAGAUGAAUGCCUUCAACCUGGCUCUUUGCAUCGCCCCCAACAUGUUGUGGCUCCCCAGUCCCACUGGACCCGAGGAGGAAAGCAAGUCAACCAAGAAGGUGGCCAUGUUGGUGCAAUUCCUAAUUGAGAACUCUGCUGAAAUUUUUGGAGGGGACAUCUCUUCCCUGUUCCAAAGGCCAGAGAAGAAGAAGUCCCGAAGUGUGGAUGACUUGCUAGUUCAGCACAAUGAUUCCUCGGAUGAGAUGGAAUAUGCAACCUCUUACCAAGAAAGAGGCCAACAACGUUAUGGACUUGAUGGAGAUGACGGCCUCUUCAGCCCAUCCGGAGGGCUGAUUCUCAGUGAGGAACAAGAAGACUGGGACUUGUUCAGUGAGAUCACUGCUUGCUACCAGAAUAAAGCCAGCAAGAAUGCAAGUACUGACAGUUAUGACCUCCUCGAAGAAGAAAGUUCCUUCUGCUCCCUCAGCUCCAUCAGUUCGCUCAGCCCUGCAAGGAACCGAUGCUCCUCGGAGCCCAGUGUUUGCCUCAGCUCUCAGUUCCCUGCCCAGGACCAUGAGCCAGUGGCCCGCCAAUCCAGCUGUGAUGCCACCAUCAUGCAUAGUCACGGCGAUUACAUCCAUCGGCUCAAGCAGUUGCAGCUGGAGAGUCAGAAGCUCAUUGAUGAAGGUUUGAGCCCCGGGCUGAGCAGAGCAAGGCAAAGCUUCUGGAGGUCACCUCUCUGCAGCCAUGCAGCAAAGAAGGUCAGCAGCACUCAGAAAACAAGCCUCUCCAACCGGUCCAGCUUCUCCAGCCUGUCCUCCACCACCACAUCUCCCUCAGCCUCCUCCUUAAGCUCCCUAGACAGUGCCUUCUCCUAUUGCUCUGAGUCCUCUGCCUUCAGCCCCAUGGAUGUCUCAAACCUGCCCUUCAUGUUUGGUACUUCCACCAGGAUCCAUGCUUUGUCCUCCAAAGAGCCUAAGAAGCCCACGAAAGGAUGGCACAAGCCCUUUACUCCUCCUUUGCCCCGAGGCCCUGGCACUGUGGACUUUUGCCACAACAGUGUCAGGCAAAUAGAGGAUAAACAGGAGAGCGAUGGCAGAGGUGAGGGGCAGGUUUUCAUGCCCCUUGGGAUGACUGGAAAUCUAGGAAAUGAGGACAACUGGGACAAAAACCAGCAGGAGACCACCGAGAUGCCCUCUCUGGUUCUUGGGAAACACAGUUCUGAAGACCCUGAACGCAGGCACCAUAUUCCUGGGAGCUCUGCUCCAGCGAACCUGUAUGUACAGAGAGAGAAAUCUGUGAAGCACCUAGAGGUCAAAUGUGUAGCACCUGCUCUUCACAAUCAAGGGAGUUUGAAGCGCACCAAGAUAACAGUGUACAUGGCCCCCAAAGAGCGAAGUCCGAGGGAUUCCCCAGGGGUACCAGAGGAAGCAAUUGUGACUGUUAGCAACCAAGGUAGCAGCUCAGAUGGAAAACACAGUAGCAGUGAGGGCACUUCCAAGAGUCUGCCGACUCUACGGGUUCAUAUUCCCCAGACAGUCUUUUAUGGACAAAACGCUCCUUUGGUACUCCAUUCCGUUUCAAGGAGGUACCACCAAGGAUCUGUGGGCCGCUCGUCACAGGAGAAUCUUCCACAAAGGGCUGCUCUGGUGGAAGACCCAGGGCAGCUGCUGAUGCCUUCGGAAGAGAAGCCCGGCGGUGGCACUUUCCACUUCGUUCUCCCAGCUUCCAUUCGCAACACAGUCCGGGAAUAUUUCAGCCAGGACAACCCCAAAGACUUUGCCCCAACAGGAGCAGAAAUGGUGGAGAAGGAACUGAUCCGGGGCAGAGUCGAGUGGCUUAGAGCCCAGUCCUGCCCCAGCAUCCAAUCCGAGGAGCACAAAAGCUUCAUGUUGGCAGAGGAGACCUUUGUUUAAGGGCCCGCACUGG